UGUUGUGCAGUGGUGGAAGAGUGAGGCAGGCAAUGAAGUCAUUUCACCUCGUAUACUUGCCAUUUUAUCAGAACCUACCUUUACUUCUAAAAAUAUAGGAUUAACUUGUGUUCUUUCUCCCUUCGGAAGCCCCCCUCUGCCACGUUCAUCUCCCAUUUGGUGGUUCCUUCCAAAAAUUGAGGGCAUUCUAGUAAAACUCUAACGCAACACACACACCAAAUCUGAGAGCUGGAUUUAUGUCUCUGUUUACUUCUCAUUGGCUGCACCUCUUCACAAACUAGAUGGAAUGUUAUUUUAUAAUCCUUCUCCAUCUUUUCUCUUGAGCCUUCCUUCCCUCACCAAUCUUCUCCACCACUUCACACAACCUUAAAUCCAACCCAAAACCAAAAGAAACACACACACUCAGAAACACCAAGAGAAGAAUUUUCUUUUUUUCAGGAUUCCGAGAAGUUGGUGUGAUCUGAUGCUAGUGUUUCGAAGAUAAUCUGAGAAGAACAAAAAGAGAAAAAAGUUUGAUUGUUUUCUUUUUCCAAUGGAGUCAGAUCUUCGGCAGCACCCUCCCAUGUUUUUGGAUCACCACCACCAGCAGCAGCAGAUGAAUUCUGGGUUGACACGGUACCGAUCGGCGCCAAGUUCGUAUUUUUCGAGCAUCAUUGACCGUGAGUUCUACGAACACGUUUUCAAUCGACCCUCUAGCCCCGAAACAGAGCGAAUGUUGACACGCUUUGUGGAUAGUCUUGGUGGAGGUGAUGCUGCUGAUGCUGAUGCAGAGGACUCACUUGCUAAUACUCAGAAUCCCCCAACAACUGUUGUUGCGGUUAAGGAAGAGGUUAAUCAUCAACCUCAGGAUGUGACAUCCAUGAAUAAUGAACCACUUGUUCUCCAACAACAACAGCAGCAACAAAGUAAUAAUAUGAAUAAUUAUGGCUCUUCUGGUACUCAGAAUUUUUACCAAAGCACUGGACGACCACCUUUGCCAAACCAGAUGAAAACUGGUCGUGGAAGUAGUUCCAGUCUUAUCAGACAUGGUAGCUCACCUGCUGGAUUGUUUUCAAACAUGAACAUUGAUACUGGCUAUGCUGCUGUUAGAGGCAUGGGAACUAUGGGAGCUGCUGCUGCUAAUAACACCACCGAGGAAGCAAACUUUUCACCCGCAACAAGGAUGAAGAAUGCAACAAACUUCUCUUCAGGACUAAUGUCAUCAAGGCCUGGAAUUGGAAACAAGAGCAACACACAGAACAAUGCAGAAAAUGAAGGGUUUGCUGAAAGCCAGGGCAAUGAAUUUAUCCCUGCAGGUUUCCCCGUUGGUCCGUGGGAUGAUUCUGCAAUCAUGUCUGACAAUAUGACAGGUCUGAAGAGAUUUAGAGAUGAAGAUGUGAAACCAUUUUCUGGUUUAAAUGCACCUGAAAGUCAGAAUGAAACUGGAGGCCAACAACCUUCUUCUUCUGCUUUGGCUCAUCAAUUGAGUUUGCCAAACACUUCUGCAGAAAUGGCAGCCAUUGAGAAGUUUCUUCAGCUCUCGGAUUCUGUUCCUUGCAAAAUUCGUGCCAAGCGGGGCUGUGCCACUCACCCUAGAAGCAUUGCAGAGAGGGUUAGAAGAACUAAAAUUAGUGAGCGAAUGAGGAAGCUACAAGAUCUGGUCCCCAACAUGGAUAAGCAAACAAACACAGCAGACAUGUUGGACUUGGCUGUUGAGUACAUUAAAGACCUUCAAAACCAAGUUGAGGCACUUUCGGACAAUCGGGCAAAGUGUACGUGUUUACACAAGAAGCAGCAAUAACGGAAAAGGAGGAGGGUACCCGCGUCAUUCCCUGUACAGCUUAGUAAUAAUUUGGUCUAGAAACUAGCGCACCUUUCCGAUAAUUAUCUAGCUACAUCACUUCUUCUGCGCUUGUUUGGGAGUGUGGUGGCAAAAGUUGAGUUUAUAUAUGAUCGAUCAAUAUUUGAUGCCCACAUAUUCAAGGCAUGGUGUACAAAAUUUUCUGAUAUGUAAGUCUAUUUGCCUUUACUCUUAGGGGCCCCCAUUUACGGGGAUGAUGGAGGAUGGGGUGAGUUGGAAAAUGGAAAUUUUCAUUUUUGCAUCUUCAAGGUUCAGCAAUAACGUUUAAAAAAAAAAGAGAGAGAGAGAGAGAAUGUUAUGUAUGGGUUUGGUUUCACAUUCAAGGACAUGGGAAACAUGGGGGGACCGAAGCCGACAUAGUUUUGUUGGUUAUAUAUAUACUUGGAUGCCUAUUGAGUAGUGUGUGUUUGUACUUUUAUUUUUUUUCCUUUUUUUAUGAUUUUAAUACGAAGUAGUUGUCAUUAAAAGUAUGACACAUUUGAAUACA